AUGAGCCUCAUCCAAGAAAUUCGAGAGAACAUAACAUUACAUCGUCAGCCAUCACAAAUCCAAGAUCUUCUAGAGGACGUCAUUAUAAAUGGUAUUGUCUCUGAAGCCACAGCUUUGACGCUCUUAAAAGGAUUUUCAAAGUUAUCCAGUCGCUGGUUAUUUUUGGGCACCGAGCUGGCCGAUAUACGUGCUAAAUCACCCCUUCUGUUCGGAACUUGUGUUCUUGCCGGUCUUCACAUCACUCCAUCAUUGCACGGGUCUUCUACACACCACGCAUUAUAUCGCCAUGUUCAUGGACUCCUUGGCCGAUCCCAAUUUGCGUCAUCAGUCUCCCCCGAUACCAUCCAAGCAAUGCUUAUCUGCUCCAUGUGGGACUUGAGACCCACAAGAGAUCAUGACCAUGGGAACUCGUGGCUGUUAAGUGGGACGGCGGCCAUGCAGGUCAUGAUUAGCACUUCUUUUGGGCAACUUCUGCAGACAAGCAGUACCCAGGAACAAGCAAGGGCGCGAGAAAUUAUUCGCACCUGGAAUUUGAUUUGCUUGUGUCAACUACAAUUUUCGGUGGGAUCUGGUCGACCACCCGUCAUCGCCAGCGAAUACUUUGACCAAUGCGCAAGAGUGCUUGAGUUUCCUUCUUAUAACUCCCGAGACGAGCUCGUUUUGGCUGGCGUGUAUCUUUACCGGAAACUAUGGGAGUUGGUUAGCUCAAAUGUGAUUGAAAAGGAAACUCCAUCCUGGCCUGAGAUUGAAAAUCUUUGCAAAUCGCAAGAGCAUAUCUACAACCUUGAUUCUUCCGAACCGUUGCGCUUCGCAUAUUCAUGUGCGUACUUGAUCCUCGCUCGUCGUACAAUUCAGCACAUACAUGAAUCGCAGUCAGAAAAGUCGAGCGGUUUCAAAUCCAGACAUGAGUCUUCCGACGCCCUUCCAUUCAUCAAUUUUGCAAUACAUCACUCAAAUCAAAUCUUGAUCCUUUUUCUGUCGAUGUCAGAUCUCACGACCUGUAUCCAUCCAGCAUAUGAGAACCUCUUGGGUUCAUUUGCGAUGGUUACUCUGGCCGAGUUUGUCAGCCGGUUGACCAACACUGACGAGGUGAUCGCCCUUAUGGAGCGUGCUAUAUCUCAUAUCCAGCGUGGUGGAAAGGCAGAGCCCGUGAGCCGAUGGUCUUUGAAUGUGAUCAGGCAGCAUGUCAGUGGGAGCGAUAUGGAAACUUCAACGGAUAAUGAGAAUUCUGUAGCGGCUAUGCCACCAGUUGCGGACGAUACAAAGACGUGGGUCGAUAACGAAUGGUCUAUCGAGCAAGAGUUUCCAUCUCUCGAGGACAUGUUCUUUGGGAAUGCAGUUUGA